AUGGAGCCUCCUGUCCUCACCCAAUGGAUGCGGGAUUCCACCAGGAUAAGAAGAUUGCUGCAGACAUCCCAGAGCUCUAUGCAUCUCAAUUCCAGCCUGGAUGCGAAGACCAGAGAUGUGGCUUCUGAGUCCGUGGGUCUCUUCUUCAUGCUCUUGAUUGACUUGACAGCCAUUGUAGGCAAUGUAGCCAUUAUGACAGUCAUUAUCAAGACACCAGCACUGAGGAAGUUUGUGUUUGUAUUCCACCUUUGUCUCGUGGAUCUCCUGGCUGCUCUCACCCUCAUGCCCCUAGCCAUGCUGUCCAGCUCAGCCUUUUUUGAUGGCACUGCCUUUGGGGAUGCCCUCUGCCAGGUCUACUUGUUCCUAAGUGUUUGCUUCACCACCAUGUGCAUCCUCUCAAUCUCAGCCAUUAAUGUCGAACGCUACUAUUAUGUGGUGCACCCCAUGCGUUACGAGGUCAAGAUGACUGUUAGCCUGGUGGUCUGUGUCCUGGUAGGGGUCUGGAUCAAGGCUGUAGUCAUGUCCAUCAUCCCUAUCCUGGGAUGGCUUUCCCAAGACCACUUUGGUGGCUCCUCAGCCUACAGUGGACACAGCUGCACUUUGCAGUGGAGCCGGAGUGCCUACUGCAAAUUUUUUGUGGUGUUCUUUGCUAUUUUCUACUUCCUCUUGCCUGUCUUCAUUAUUUUGGUUGUCUAUUGCAGCAUGUUCAAAGUAGCCAGGGUAGCUGCCAUGCAUCAUGGUCCACUCCCCACCUGGAUGGAUACCCCACGGCAGCGAUCUGAGUCCCUUAGCAGUAGAUCCACUAUGGUGACUAGCUCAGGAGCCCCUCGGACUACCCCUCAGAGGAUGUUUGGAGGAGGAAAGGCUGCCAUCAUCCUUCUAGCAGUGGGAGGCCAAUUCCUCUUCUGUUGGCUGCCAUAUUUCUCCUUUCACCUUUAUUCUGCACUGAGCUCCCAUUUCCCUGGCUGGCAGACAGAGAAUGUGGUUACAUGGAUUGGCUACUUUUCCUUCACAUCCAACCCUUUCUUCUAUGGGUGCCUCAACCGACAGAUCCGAGGAGAGCUCAGCAAGCAUCUCACAUGUUUCUUCAAGCAGCCACCAGAGGAGGACCUGAGGUUACCAAGUAGGGAUGGCUCCAUUGAGGAGAACUUCUUGCAGUUCCUGCAAGGGACAGGUUGCAACGCUGAGGCAAGGAACACUUUCACUCACCCUAGCCCUAAUAGGGACCCACCUACCAUUGAUUUCCGGAUCCCGGGACAAAUUGCAGAAGAGACCUCAGAGUUCCUGGACCAGCACAUGAACAGUGACAUCACUGUCUCUGAUAGCUACAUCAGGGCAGCACGUUCAUCCAAGCCUGAGCUGUAG